AUGGUGGCUGCGCCGCGGGGCCGCCGGCGGGAGGGAAUAUGGCGGCGCGGGCCCCUUCCCCCGCCGCGCGCGGGCUGCGCUCAGCGGACAGAAAUAGCCGCCCCCGCCCCGCCCCGCCUGCCGGCGCCGCGCUCGCCGCGGCCGCGGCCGCCAGCUGCGGGAGGCGGCAGGCGGGAGGGGCCCGCCGAGGGGCUCGCGGAUCCCUCCCGGCGUCCUUGUCGCAGACGAGGGCCCAUCACCGGCUUGCACACUCCCGCGGACGGGGAGCUCACCACCUCUCAGGGGACAGCUCCUGCCUACGACUCCCCGUGGUACUCUGGAUCCCUGCUCGCGAGACACAGUCGCGGUGACCAGAGAGUCUCAGGCAUUCCAGAAACAGAAGCUGCUAUUGUCGGUCAAGCCACCCAGCGCACUUCCCAUGCGGCCCACCCCAAAGCCGGACAGGAUAUGAAGAGUAGCAGCCUGUCGCACCAGGCCUUCUGCCUGCCUCAUCCAACCCUCAGGACAUCACGGCCGGUUUCUUCAUCCUACACCCAACGCAACUGAGGCCACAGAGGCAGAGGGGCUUGCUGCAAGUCACACAGCCAGUCAAUCAGGGAUGGAAUCAGGACUGACCCCAGACUGGGCAACAAUUCUUCAAUGAAGCUGCCCAGUUUCUCCGCAGGUAGGUACAAGCUCAGGGUGGCAGGAUCUAUAGGAAAACAGGUAGAGCAACUAAGCCUCUGUGCCACGACUACCCUGGAGCGGCGCUCUGCAGCAAGAGAAGCCACUGCAAUGAGAAGCCCCCGCACCACAAUUGCAGAGUAGCCCCACUCGCUGCAA